AUGGCCUCGAUAGUUGAACCUGCCCUGCGCGAUAAGCUUGCUCUGAUAACGGGUUGCACCGGCGGAAUCGGAUGGGCAAGCGCUCUCUCCCUAGCGCGCCUCGGAUGCUCCAUCGCAGUGCACUACAACUCGGCCGCAGAAAAAGCCACAGAGCUAAUCUCCCAACUCCAAGCGCUGCCAGGCAUCAAAGCCGCUGCGUUCAAAGCGGACUUGUCAGACUAUGAUAACGUGCGCAGGUUGCAUCGGGAGGUUGUGGCGACGCUGGGACAUCCUGAUAUCUUGUUCAAUAAUUCGGGGAGCACGGGUAGGAUGAUUGGGCCGCUGGGGGAUAUUGAGAGUAUCACUGUUGAUGAGUUUGAGGAAAUUUGGAGGCUUAAUACUGGUUCCAGCUUUUUGGCCCUGAUGGUUGUAGUUGACGCAACUAUGCCUCCCCAACAUGGUCGCCAGUACGAAUUCUACCAGAACUUCAAUAAUGAAAUUUUCAACGAUGUCCUACCCCCUAUUAGCGUGGCCGCAGGCACCGGAGGUGUUGUCGGACCCCACUAUGCUUCCUCCAAAUCCGCACUGCACGGUCUCUUGCACUGGAUCGCAAUGAGAUAUGCAAAGGACGGAAUAAGCAGGAUCCCCAUCGCCCGAUUCGGAGUUCCGGAUGAAGUUGCGUCGAUUGUUGUGCUGCUGGUCACUAAUUCCUAUAUGACCAACAAGGUAUAUUGGGAAGAAAUAUACAAGUUCAAAUCGGACUAUAUCGGAGUGACGAAAAAGCGAAUUUCUUCCCAGAUUCUAGAUCGCAAGACCUUGAAUCCUAGAGAGAUGAGACCAUAG